UGUCUGAGGACAAGACUGGAUGAACUUGCGGAAAGUGAACCACUUGAUUCCCAUAAUGCUUAGAGAGGGAAGGAGGGCUCAUCCAGAGCAGGCUGGGAUUUCUUUUUAAAAACACCUCCUUCCCCUCCCUCCCUUCACCUCCAUUUUUAUCUGUUUGUGCACUUGUUCCUCCUAAGGCAUCCUCACUGUCUCUCCCUCAGUGGAAGCUGUAAACAGACAUAACCUGGGGAUAAACACUAGGUUGUCUCUCGCUGCUGGUGCUGCUGCUUUAUUUCAACACCAGUGUCACAUGGAAACUGUGGAAGACAUAUCAUAAAAACAAAAAGGCCAGAAGUCUGUAUGAACAAGGUAGCCUGUCUGUUUGAGGGCUGGUGAGUCAGCAAAGUGGACCAUAAUAAAGCACCGGGGAAAGUGUUUCUCCUCCGGACUCCAAUGGCCUCCCUACCGGCUCCCUUAGUUCAGGCAUGACUGUCACCCCAAAAAAAUCCAGCCCUCGGCUUGCUUCCUCUUCUUGCAACGACACAAGUCCCAGAUCCGGUCCAGCACAGAUGGAUGACGUAGAUGCCCUGCGGUUGAAACUCUUCCCUGAGGACUCUGUGUCGCCAGCUUCCUCUUUGGCCGAGCCCAUCAACCUAGAAGAUUCCCACUAUGCUCGGCUGCAAGGUGAGCUCGAGUUUGAUGCUCAGAACCUGGAGGCAGAGUCUUGGAGCAUGGCUGUGGACCAGAACUACUUGAAGGCCCUGAGCAAAGAGGCUGUUAAAAGACAGGAUGUCAUCUAUGAGUUGAUCCAGACAGAGAUGCACCAUGUCCGCACCUUAAAAAUCCUCCUCCAUGUCUAUAUGCACGAGCUGAGGCAGUCUCAGCUGAUCGAGGAAGACAGGCUGGAGCGACUCUUCCCCGGAGUGGAAGGCCUCCUCAGCCUCCACCAGCAUUUCCUCAACUGCCUCAAAUUACGCCAGACCCAAAGUCAGGAGGAAGGAGGCCCAGACAGCUACCAGAUAACACAGCUGGGGGACAUCCUCAUCUCUCAGUUUUCAGAUUCACUGGGAGAAGGAAUGAUGGAGUAUUACAGUGUUUUCUGCAGCCAUCACAUUGAAGCCAUCAGACUCCACAAAGAGCAGCUGCAGAACAAGAAACUGCAGAUUCUUAUCAGGAGAUUGGGUCAGCUGCCUCUUGUGCGAAGGUUGGGAAUCCCUGAAUGUCUUCUAUUAGUUACUCAACGCAUCACAAAAUAUCCCAUCCUGGUGGAGCGAAUCAUACAGAACACUGAAGCUGACACAGAUGAGCACAAGUCUCUGGUGCAGGGUUUGGGGCGGAUCAAAGACACCAUCUCCCAGGUGAACGCUCAGGUCUGUGGAUACCAGAAAGCAGCUCGUCUGAGAGAGAUUGCCCAGCGUCUGGAGUCAAAAUCUCAGGGCCGGCUGAAGGAAGGGCACCUGUUCCGCAGAGAAGAUCUGUUCAAGAGAAACAGGACGCUGCUGCAUGAAGGCGGGGUCACAUGGAAGGCCUCUGGUAGACAGAAAGACAUCCACGCUGUGCUGCUGUCAGACGUGCUCCUCCUCUUACAAGAGAAAGAUCAGAAGCUUGUAUUUGCUGCUGUGGACAACAAACCAGCAGUGAUCUCCCUCCAAAGGCUGAUAGUUAGAGAAGUGGCCCACGAUGACAAAGCCAUGUUCCUCAUUUGUGCUUGCACCACCAGCCUACCAGAGAUGUAUGAGAUCCACACUGGCUCCAAAGAAGAAUGCGUCACCUGGACGGCCCUCAUACGAGAAGCUGUGGAAAGCUAUCCACAAGAGGAGCUGCAACGGGAACUGAUUGCCAAGCUACAGGAAUGUCAAGAUGACCUGAAGGAGAAGGAUGACCAGAUAAUUCAGUGUCUGACAGAGAAGAAGAAGAUCUUUGAUCAUCUCUACAAGAGUGCAACAGGUCAGGAAACACCACACAAAGGGCUGCUGCUCCAAGCGGACGCCACUGAGCUCCAGGGAGGGACACUGCUCGAAGGAGCCAUCAAGGAGGUGGAAAACCUGCUGAACCUGUUUGCUUUGAGGAUGAGAGACCCAAACCUUCUAAUGGAGGAGAGCCAGGUUCAGGAGGGGCUGCACAGGCAGGCUGAGACCUCUGGAGUGGGUGACAGUGACUCCCAUGUAAAUACCAUGAAAAAUGGAGAUGUAGCUGAGUGGUCCAGUAGCAGCGAGGACAUUCCAGUGUACAUCAGUCACACCGCUGAAAUAUGCUACUCUGAGGGCCUGGAACAGUCUGCUGAUGAUGACACACUCCCAGAGCCAGACUGCAGUCCAGCCUCUAGUCAUUUCCCUGAGGCAGAGGUAUGUGAGAGGUUGAUGAGGAUUGAACAGUUUCUCUACAGUUUAAAGGCAAUCGUCGCUCAGCAGGACAGCCAGAUUGAGCUGCAGCAUGCUUUUCAGUCAAGCAGCCAAAAGUCCGCUCGUCAUUACAGCAACAUGCUGCUCGAGCAGGAGAAGCAGCGCAACUUGGAGAAGCAGAAGGAGGAGCUGGCCAACCUGCACAAGCAGCAGGCUCAGCAUCAGGAGGAGCAGCAACGGUGGGAGAAGGAGAGGGAUCGGCAGAGGAUACAGCUCGAGGCUCUGGAGGCUCAGCUGCAGCAGAGGGAGGCAGACUGCAACAGGCAGGAGGAGAAGCUUAACGGGGAGAAAGCUGAGCUGGAGUGUCUGCGGGAAAACUACCAGCAGGACCUGGAGAGGCUGAGGGAGUCGACAAAAUCAGUGGAGAAGGAACGGGAGCAACUGAUCCAGGAGAAGGAGCGACUGGACAAGUUAAAGUCAAAGUACAUCCCAGGACAUGCCAACUAUGAUGAUCCCACACAAUGUCGGAAUCACUCCACUUACCUGUCGUUCCGAGGAAGCAUUGUGAAUGGAGGUGGAAAUCCGACCUUAACUCCAAAGCCCAGCAUCUUGCUCCCCAACUCCGAUCCCAUGGAAAUUCCUCCAAAGGUUCCACCACGCAGGGAGAGCAUCAGCCCGCAGCUGGCCAAACCUGAACUGCCUGUGCACCUGUUCAGCACCACCAACCAGGUGCAUAAACCUCCUGCCGUGCAGCAGCAGAUCCCCACCAAGCUGGCCACUCAGCCCAAGGGAAAGGAGAAAGGCUUCAAGACAAAGGGGUCCCACCACAGAACACAGAGUGCAGCCUCUAUAGAUGUGAAUCAGGUGCUGCCCAUCCGAGUGACGGGGAAGGAAGGAGGCAGUCUGAGAGCCAAGAGAAACGCCAGUCCUCAAAGAAUCUACCAGUCAGACACCUUCAAACCACCAGGAUCUGGCCACAAUGUGAAAACGUCUCAGUCCUUCAGCACACACAAGAGGAGCAGCAGUGAGGCUCGUCCACCAGCACCACCUCCUUUCCCCAAAGACGUCCUCGAAACAGGCAAAGAGAAGGUGAUAUUCCUUUAAUCAUAAACCACAGCCUGGAGUUUGGAUGAGGCACUGACUUUAAACACAUGGCGAAGACUGAUGGAGCUGUGAGAAGACAUUGCACAGGACUUCAUGACUUCAUGUGUGUCCUGGACAAAGAGGCUUGUCACAUUUGUGGUAUUUUUAUCAUGGGCAGCCAGCUGUUGAAAUCAGCUGAACUUGGGAAAAAAGUGAUGGACAUGUUUUAUAAGAAAAAAUGUAAAAAGCUCAGUCCAUUUGUACAUUUAAGAACGAUAAUAUUGUAAGAUUUUAAGCUGUUGCUAAAACUUCCACUUAUUGUAUAUCAUUUUUAUUUUAAAUGAAAGUAACCUUUUAGCAAGCAUGUCUUAACUUGUAAGCUUUCUUUUUAAUUUAAUGAAUGGUAAAUACGGUCUGAGGAAGCUAUAUUUGACAAGUUUACACCUGUGUAGAGAUCAAGUGCCAAGCACAUAAUUUUUGUUUCAGAAUGCAUUGAAAUAUCUUAAAUUAGUACUGUGGACCUGCUCCCCAGUAUCUGCUCUAAUCAGGUGGUAAAUUAACAGGGUUUGUGGAAGAGUUUUGACUAUUAUCAGUUCCAGUUUUUCUGUGGAGGCUGUUGACAGUCCUCAACACAGUAUCAUUGGGAUUGUUUCAGUUUUUUUCUGUGAGAAUGUAACAGAAGUGUUUCUGAGUGACAUUCCAUGUUAAAGAAUAACUCUGGUGUUCUUAAA